UGUCAGCUGCCCCUGGUGUCACAGCCCACAGGCUGCACACGCAAACACUGUGCAAUAACCAGCACCGCUCGCAAACAAGCUCACUUGGCUCUGCAAGGGACACAGCGCUCUGCUCCUUCAAAAGUGUCAAGGACAGUCCCAGCAAGGACAGAAGCUACUGCAUUUUGGACAGGACUGCGUGAGCUGGCAGAACAGUCUCUCUCUCUCUCUCUUUCUUCCUUACUGCAUGAAGUCAGUUUCUACCACAAAAGAUUGCCCAAGAGAUGGCCUGACUGUGUACAACACCUGCGGAGAGCUCUGGGGUCGCUCUCAAGGCUGAGCGCCUUUUGGAGAGAUGUUGCUCAGCUCACAGAGCAGCACAGAGAGGCUCGUGUCAGACACAUACCUGGUUAAACUCCUGGAAGGCAUCAGCAGCCUUCGCUCGCAGAGCGCACUCUGCGAUGUAACACUGGAGGCAGAAGGGGUUUGCUUUCCAGCACACAAGAUCAUAUUAGCAUCAGCAAGUAACUAUUGUAAAAUCCUGUUUGUUGGAAACGUGACAAGAGCUGGAAGCCCUGAUGGUAAUGUCCACCUGAAAGCUGUCAGUGCUGCAGGGUUAAAGAACGUUCUCAACUUUAUUUAUUCCAACAAACUAGAGCUUUCAUUACAGAAUAUCGAAGAGACGUUCAAAGCAGCAGAAACCCUGUUUGUUCGGGAAGUGAUCAAGUUGUGCUUUCGAUUUCUGGAAGGCUGCUUGAAUUGUGAGAACUGUAUGGAUGUUCUCAACAUUGCUAAACGACUUGGUCCAGAAGAGUUGAGACAGAAAGCCAUGUGCUACGUAGGACGGCAUUACAAACAGAUCCUGUCUGAUCCUCAGUGUUUGAAAGAUCUGGACAGAAGGACCCUCUGUGAAAUCUUAGACAGGACUGACACCGCAGGAUGCAGUGAGCUGGAGCUGUUCAAAGCUGCUGUUACUUGGCUGCAGCAUGACCACACACGGUUGAAAGGUGCAGCAGAUAUUUUGAGGCGUAUACGAUUCCCUCUCAUUCCUUUGAGGGAUCUGCAGAAAUACAUCCAGGACAUGCCUCUUAUAAGGCUGGAUUCAAGCUCCCACAAGUACCUUCAGGAGGCUCUAAACUACCACUCCCAGCCGUAUGCCCAGCCAGUCCUGCAGACUCAGCACACAAGCCCCCGUUCCAGCUCCACUGUGCUGCUCAUCGCCGGUGGCAGAACCACCGAUAACCACGUAUGCAGAGAGAUGUGGGCAGCAGAUCAGACAUGCAGUUCCUGGAGUAAGGUCGGGGAUCUCUGUGUGCCGGUGUACAACCACUGUGUAGCUGUCAUCAAUAACUUCCUCUUUGUUAUUGGGGGCCAGCAUCAAUUUGAUCCCACAGGAAAGCAGCCAUCAAAUGAGGUUUUCCGAUUUGAUCCUCGCAACACCUCCUGGCUCCAGGUUGCCAGCAUGCUGGAGAGGCGAACACGAUUCCACGCAGAUGUGCUGUAUGACUGCAUCCUUGCUGUAGGUGGUGGGACACUGCUGGGGAACCUCACUCGCACCGUGGAGUUGUACCAGCCGGCUGAUAACAAGUGGGAGUUUGCAGCUCCUUUUCCUAUACCUAUCGCUGAUCACGCAGGCACAAUCCACAAAGGAAUCCUCUAUGUUUCAGGGGGCUUCUCUGGUGGUAAAACCUUACGAGAAACUUACAGUUACCUCCCUCGCCUCCGACGCUGGGUUGGUAACUGUGCCAUGACGUUCACACGCUGUGAUCAUGGGAUGGCUACAGUCAGAGACAGGAUCUUCUGCAUCGGAGGAAGAACAUUAAAUGGAGUGGAGGAAUGGAUUCACGUCAAUGAGACUGAAUAUUAUUGUCCGGUAAGCGAUCAGUGGACAACAUUAAUGAUAUCCCCGUUCAACUGCUGCCAGUUCAGCAUCACAGCCCACGAGUCUACUCUUUACCUUGUGGGAGGUGGGUCACUGCAGCACAUGCAGAAGAAAAACAAUGUUUUCUUGUAUGACACUGUUGGGCGAGUAUGGAAGAAAGCCAGCACUCUGCCUAACGCUCUGGUUGAUCACGCCUCUUGCAUGAUUAAACUGCCCCAAAUUAAUGAAGCCAGCGAGGAGGGGAGAGGCACAAAGAGCUCACCCACUGGCAGGAGGCAGAAGUCUACUCUCAGCUUGUUCAUCACAAACAAAGAGUCCCACUCUGCUUCUGAGAAGUAGGAUGUGAAUGUGUGAAGAGGCCCUGACAGUGUUUGCCAAUCCCUCUUAAGUAUUUGAAGAGCUCCCAAGUAUUUUAACAACUCUAGUAGCUCUUAGCCAAAACCUUAACCUGUACUUUGGAUUUGGUACAUUCCUUAGUGUUAUCGUGGUGAUAUGCGCAGUUUGUAAGAAAAAAUUAGAUUUCCAACCUUACUAAGCUGAGUCUGAACACUUUUGUUAUCUUAGAAAUAAUAAUAAUAAUAAAAAAG